AUGGCAAAAGGUCGCAUCUCCAAAGACCCCAACAACCACCGCUGGCUCAAGGACACCACCACCUUCGGCCAGCGCAUCCUCCGCUCCCACGGCUGGACCCCCGGAUCGUACCUCGGCGCUGUCGAUGCAGCACACGCCGUUCACCACAGCGCGGCCAAUGCCUCAUAUAUCCGCGUGUUGAUGAAGGAUGACGCCGGCGGCUUGGGAUACCGAGCGGGCGGGGGAAACGGGGAGAAUGACAUUGCGGGCAUCGACGAGGUCAAGGAUAUAUUCGCAAGGUUGAACGGAAAAGUGGAGACGGAGGAGGAGAAGCGGGAGAGGGAGAGGAAGAAGGCGUUGGUGUAUCUUGGCCAGAGGGUCGGUGGGAUCACGUUCGUGAGGGGUGGUCUGCUCGUCCAGGAGGGGUUGGAUAUGAUCGAGACGUCUGUUUCUGUGGUAUCCGCUACUGAAACUGUUGUCGCAACGAGCGGUGAUUCUAGUGCUGAAACGAUGGCGAACAUCGGGAAGAGGAAAGCCGAAGAGGAACCAGACGAGGAGAUGGAAGAGGACGCGCCGCGAAAGAAGCGCAGGAAAGACGACGAGUCGCGAGCGGAGAGGAAGAAGCGAAAGGAGGAGAAAAAGAGGAAGCGGAAAGAGAGGCAAGAAUCCGAAGCCGAACUGAGCACCGAAGUGUCAACUGAAGCGAACACCCCCGACGAUACCGAUACCGGAAAGAAGUCCAAGAAGAAGUCGAAGAAGGACCGAUCUGCCUCGACGACCCAGGACGAAGCCGAUUCUUCUUCGGGCGUCGAUAGCGGAAAGAAGAAGAGGAACAAGGAUAAGAAGAAGAGCAAGUCCAAAACAAAGGGUGCCGAGAAUCUGAGCGAGGACCCAUCCGAAACUUCAAUUCCAGACGACGGGGAGGAAGCGCCUACGAGGAGUAAGAAGGAUAAAAAGAGCAAAAAGGAAUCAAAGGAGAAAAAGGAAAAGAAAGAGAAGAAGGGCAAAUCCUCCAAAUCUGAGCCCGCCGACCCCGAUGCCACACAAGCCUCCACCCCAACUUACGUCGAAUCAUCCGCUUCUACAACCCUUGUCAAUACUCCCUCCGCCUCUGGCACGUCAACUCCCACCGGUCUGUCGAAGGGCCGCCAUAUCCAUCAUGCCCGCCGCGUGGCAGCCAAACGCGCAGCUAUGUUGGAUGCGGCGGCGUUGAAGCAGAUUCUCGCAAUUUAA